AUGCUCCCCUCUCCCCCGCCAGAGGAGGUCCUGCGCGCAGCCGCCUUCUACAGGCUGCACAGCGAGCUGACGGCCCCGGACUCCAACCACUCGCUGCUCGCCUGCGCGUUGUCAGCCUCCUCUACAGACAACCCGGAGGAGAGCGUGGAGAAUGUGCUGACGCCUCUGCACCGCUUCAAUCCGGCGCUGGGCGUGCGCAGCGGCAGCUACUGGUCCAGCCGGGGGAGCGAGGAUGAGUCAUCGACCGAGUGGCUGGCGCUGCGUCUGGCGCACCCGCUCUGCCUCGUCAGCGCCGUCAGCAUCAUGCCCUUCCUCGCAUUCUUCCAGCGGGGCCACCCGAUUUAUGCGCCCAAGGCGGCGCGAUUCGUUUUCUCCUGCGGGGAGGACGUGAAAGCGAGGCCCGUCGGUUCGACGCCCGACAGUGACACGGACGAAGAUCCAGAGACGGCUGCGCUCCUAGAAGAGGCGGAGGAGGCAGGCUACGCGACGAUAAGGAGCUGCGCCAGAUUUAGCGCAUGGGAGACCCGCACUGAGGCGUUCCCCAUGAGCCAGUCAGACGAGCUGCAGAUGUUUGAAUUCAAACGGCCCAUCCUGUGCGUCGGCGGCCUUGUGAAGAUUGAGCUGCUGGGGCGCACGCAGCGACAGGAGCAAGACAACGCGUGGUACACAUGCAUAAAUCAUGUUCGAGUGUUGGGCAAGCCUCUGCACAACUUUGUGCCGGCGUCUCCGCAAACACAGGACCGGGCCGAAGGCAGCAGCAGCAGCAGUGCUCCUAAGAGAUGUCCGCAGCAGGGGGUGAAAAUCGAGGGUGUACCCCUUGUUUUAGAGGCCCGGAGGGAGGACCCGAUGGUGGCGCGGGGGGGACUGAUGGCUCUGUCAGAGGGGGGACUGCUGCUGCAGCGGCUGGCCACUGAGGCACAGGGGGAAGGAACAGCGGAUUAUGACACAGACGACGAGCUGAUAGCUGAUAUAGCUCAUGCUGACGUCAUCGGGCCGCACCUGGCAGAGGUCGGACUCGAAUUCGAAUGGCUGGCUGGGGGACAGCCGAUGCCCCCAUGGAUAGCACACCCGCCGCAGCCGCCGCAACAGCAGCAGGCGCCAGCUGACGGCGAGGACUAG